CUACCUUUUCUCUUCUAUCAACCCCACAAGGCUUUGGCACAAUGAAGUGGGUGACUUUUAUUUCCCUUAUCUUUCUCUUCAGCUCUGCUUAUUCCAGGGGUGUGUUUCGUCGAGAUACACACAAGAGUGAGAUCGCGCAUCGGUUUAAUGAUUUGGGAGAAGAAAAUUUCAAAGGCCUGGUGCUGAUUGCCUUUUCUCAGUAUCUUCAGCAGAGCCCAUUUGAUGAGCAUGUAAAAUUAGUGAAUGAAGUAACCGAGCUUGCAAAAGCAUGCGUUGCUGAUGAGUCAGCUGCAAAUUGUGACAAGUCGCUUCACACUCUCUUUGGAGAUAAACUGUGUGCGGUUGCAUCCCUUCGUGAAACCUAUGGUGAAAUGGCCGACUGCUGUGCGAAACAAGAGCCUGAGAGAAAUGAAUGCUUCCUGAAACACAAAGAUGAUAAUCCAGACCUCCCUAAGUUGAAACCAGACCCUGAUACUUUGUGUUCCGAGUUUAAGGAAAACGAACAGAAGUUUUGGGGAAAAUACCUAUAUGAAAUUGGCAGAAGACACCCCUACUUUUAUGCCCCAGAACUCCUUUACUAUGCUCAUCAAUAUAAAGGAGUUUUUGCAGAAUGCUGCCAAGCUGCUGAUAAAGGUGCCUGCCUGAUACCAAAGAUUGAGUCUGUGAGAGAACAAGUACUGGCUUCAUCUGCCAGACAGAGACUCAAGUGUACCAGUAUCCAAAAAUUCGGAGAAAGAGCUCUAAAAGCAUGGUCAGUAGCUCGCCUGAGCCAGAAAUUUCCCAAGGCUGAUUUUGCAGAGGUUUCCAAGAUAGUGACAGAUCUUACGAAAGUCCACAAGGAAUGCUGCCAUGGUGACCUGCUUGAAUGUGCAGAUGACAGGGCGGAUCUUGCCAAGUAUAUAUGUGAAAAUCAAGCUACAAUCUCCGCUAAACUGAAGGAGUGCUGUGAUAAACCUCUGUUGGAAAAAUCCCACUGCAUUGCUGAGGUGCAAAAAGAUGAGUUGCCUGAAAACCUGUCCCCAGUAGCUGCUGAUUUUGCUGAAGAUAAGGAAGUUUGCAAAAACUAUAAUGAAGCAAAAGAUGUCUUCCUGGGCACGUUUUUGUAUGAAUAUGCGAGAAGGCAUCCUGAGUACUCUGUCUCAUUGCUGUUGAGAAUUGCCAAGGGAUAUGAAGCCACACUGGAGGAUUGCUGUGCCAAAGAUGAUCCUCCUGCAUGCUAUGCCACAGUGUUUGAGAAACUUCAGCCUCUUGUGGAUGAGCCUCAGAAUUUAAUUAAACAAAACUGUGAACUUUUUGAAAAACUUGGAGAGUAUCUAUUCCAAAAUGCGCUCAUAGUUCGUUACACCAAGAAAGUACCCCAAGUGUCAACUCCAACUCUCGUGGAGGUCUCAAGAAACCUAGGAAAAGUGGGCUCUAAGUGUUGUACGCAUCCUGAAUCAGAAAGAAUGUCCUGUGCUGAAGACUAUCUGUCCUUGGUCCUGAACCGUUUGUGCGUGUUGCACGAGAAGACACCAGUGAGCGAAAGAGUUACCAAAUGCUGCACAGAGUCCUUGGUGAACAGACGGCCAUGCUUUUCUGCUCUGACAGUCGAUGAAACAUAUGAACCCAAAGCUUUUGAUGAGAAAACAUUCACCUUCCAUGCAGAUUUAUGCACACUUCCCGAGAAUGAGAAACAAAUCAAGAAACAAAUUGCACUUGUUGAGCUGGUGAAACACAAACCCAAGGUAACAGAGGAACAACUGAAAACUGUUAUGGGGAAUUUUGCAGCUUUUGUAGACAAGUGCUGUGCAGCUGAUGUCAAAGAGACCUGCUUUGCUCUGGAGGGUCCAAAACUUGUUGCUUCAACUCGAGAAGCCAUAGCCUAAAAAGAACACAACCACAAGCAUCUCAGCCUACCCUGAGAGUAAGAGGAAAAAAAGAGAAAUGAAAACUCAGAGCUUAUUCAUCUGUUUUUCUUUUGUGUUGGUGUUAACCAACACCCUGUCUUAAGAACACAAAUUUCUUUAAAUAUUUUGCCUCUUUUCUCUGUGCUACAAUUAAUAAAAAAAAUGAAAAGAA